AAGUUGUUUGAAUUAAUGAUAAAAAAUAAGAUACAGCCUCCUCUACAGGUGGAGCGGGAGACUAACUCUUUAUGGACUGAAGGAGGAAGAACCACAGGAGAUUGGCAGGGUCUCCCUUCCACUAGCAAGGUGCAUCAGUGUCCGCACUGUGCCUACAGCACUAAUGACUCUCAUAAACUUAAGAGGCAUUCAUUGAAGCACACUGGAGAGAAACCAUUUUCUUGUCCUUACUGCUCGUAUGGAACUACAAGGAAGGAAUUUCUGAAGGAACAUAUAAAUAGACAUACAGGAGAAAAGCCUUUUGCAUGUCCUCAUUGCUCCUACAGUUCGUCCCAUAGGAAUAUCUUAAGGCGGCACAUACGUCGACAUGCAGAGGAGCAAAGCCACUCGUGCAAACAGUGCCCAUAUCAAGCAUCUGAUGCCACAAGCCUGUCCUUUCACAUGAUGUGUCACAAACAAGAUGGAGACACAAAGUAGUGUAUUCAAUAUUUAAGUGAGGUAUUAGUCUCAGUGAUAUAAGGAAUAUAUGCCCACUUCUCUUGCCCUAUGUAAUUGCUUGUAUAAUUGGAUUUUUAAGAUUUUACCACAGUAUGAGGUGAAAUUAUCUUCAGUCCAAAAUUUACAAAAGUCCCUCUGAUCAACACUAAGCAACGAAAAAAUGUGGAUUUUGUAAAGAGAAAUAAUUGUUUUUCUCUUUUGUAUAUCAUAGUCUUCAGGAUUUUCCCCUUAUUCCAAACUCACAUGUAAAUACUGGAAUCUUACAUCAAAGAGAUGAUUUUGUCAUAAGUAGCUUUGAUGAUACUUAUAGUAGAAGCAUUAAAAUUCCUGGAAACAACAAAAGAUGGACUGGUUAUGGUAUUUGUAAUUUCUUUCACUUAAUUUGUCCAAAGUAAAGGCCAUAGGAAGAAAACACUUGUAAAGUGCCUUCUUUAUGGUGAUUAAAAGGAAACACUUGAAACUAUAUAAUUAUGAUUAAUCACAGUAAGUUAAGGGUGACUGCCUUAUGAAAGGGGCUAAGGUCUAGGAGAAUAUAUAAUGAAUUAGAACUCACAAUUCAGAGGAUUACCCAUGCCCUGUGAUAUAUAAUAUUCAUUUUGUAUUAUUUUUCUGAAAAUAAUAUUUGUGCUCCAUUUAUGUAAUCCACCUCAAAAAUCUCCCAAUUAAUUUCAAAUAUAUAUUUUAAAAAAUAUAAAACCCUUGUUUUUUUAUAUUAACUGUCUCUCUGCUUCUUUUAAGAGUGUUUUUAUGAAUAGCU